CAGCUCCGUUGCUUAAAUCCAGAGGGAGGCACAGGCGGAGCAUCUCUGGGUAUCACUCGCUGAAUUGAACACAACGCAUUUGGAAAUCUGUUUGUCAUUUAGUGGCACGCUCCAGGACGCACCUAUGCAGAUGGCUGCAACACAGCAAGAGGCCUCGGACCAGAACUUUGAUUAUAUGUUCAAACUGCUUAUCAUCGGCAACAGCAGUGUAGGAAAAACUUCCUUUCUCUUCCGCUAUGCCGAUGAUUCCUUCACCUCUGCUUUCGUCAGCACUGUGGGCAUAGAUUUCAAAGUGAAAACAGUCUACAAGAACGACAAGCGGAUCAAACUACAGAUAUGGGACACAGCGGGUCAGGAGCGAUACCGGACCAUUACCACAGCAUACUACAGAGGAGCUAUGGGCUUCAUCUUGAUGUAUGACAUCACCAACGAGGAGUCCUUCGGUUGUGUGCAGGACUGGUCCACCCAGAUUAAGACGUACUCAUGGGACAACGCCCAGGUAAUCCUGGCGGGGAACAAGGCUGACAUGGAGGAGGAGAGAGUGGUGUCAGUGGAUAGUGGUCGAAUGCUGGCCGAACAGCUUGGUUUUGAGUUCUUCGAGACGAGUGCCAAGGACAAUGUCAACGUAAAACAAACAUUUGAGCGUCUCGUCGACCUCAUCUGCGACAAGAUGUCCGACAGUUUAGAGACUGACCCGUCUGUCACCACAGGAACGUCCAAUGCUAGGCUAACUGACAACCCUCCUCCCUUGCAGCAGCCCAACUGCGGUUGUUAACCAGGAAAAUGACAACAAUUUAAGACGUAUGAGAUUGCCAAAAUAUUGUAUUAUCCCUUAGGUAGAUCUGUAAUACCUUAAAUUGUAUUAUUCUUCAUAUCAUAUUCUGAUGUGCCUAGUACAUUUUUUUCAGAUUUUUUUUAUGUUUCAAAUUGUCUGACACAUAUGUUGUAUGUUCACAAAACUGAAAAAUAGACAUGUGCAGUAAUGCCAUGUCAGUAUGCGAUGACCAUGAGUCACUAAUGUCACGUCAGUCGGUACAUUUAUCUAUUUAUUUAUAUAAAACAGAAAUACAGGAUCUUCUAUAUACUAUAUUAACCAGAUAAAAUAGUGUGUUUAAGGAAUGCUCUGUCAAUGACAUGAUGAUCUGUGUAUGGUUAAGUUGCCAGUUCCCUCUUGCAUAUCCUGUAUUUCUUCCCUCCCACUAUUCCUGCUGUGUGUGUGUGUGUGUGUGUGUGUGUGUGUGUGUGUGUGUGUGUGUGUGUGUGUGUGUGUGUGUGUGUGUGUGUGUGUGUGUGUGUGUGUGUGUGUGUGUGUGUGUGUGUGUGUGUGUGUGUGUGUGUGUGUCACUUUUAAGCAUUGAACAUUACCGUAAAAAAGUAUUACCUACCUUACGAAAGUGAUGCCUUUCAGUUAGUUGUUUGUAUAUUGUUUCAUAUUUUUUCCAUCGCCACACUAGAUGUGAAACCCGUGUGAUUAUCUAUGGUUAGAAUGGACCAAUGUGAUUAUCUGUGGUUAGAACACAUGUGAUUAUCUAUGGUUAGAAUGGACCAAUGUGAUUUUCUGUGGUUAGAACACAUGUGAUUAUCUGUGGUUAGAAUGGACCAAUGUGAUUAUCUGAGGUUAGAAUGAACCAAUGUGAUUAUCUGAGGUUAGAAUGGACCAAUGUGAUUAUCUGUGGUUAGAAUGAACCAAUGUGACUAUCCGAGGUUAGAAUGAACCAAUGUGAUUAUCUGUGGUUAGAACCAAUGUGAUUAUCUGUGGUUAGAACCAAUGUAUUUAUCUGUGGUUAGACAGAUGCAUGGCUUUAUUCUCAGGAUAUUAAUAAAGUAGUUUGUUCAGUGACUGUGGAUUAGCUGCCAUAGUAUAACAGUUGUCUAAUACUAACAUGUACAGUACUAUAUUGUAGGAUAGGUAGGUAGUCAUGAUAAUAAUGCCAGUGUGGUAUUUAACAGUUUACUUUAUUAAAUAAGUGGUACAUUUAAUGUGGCUGUAAAGUGGUAUGAUUACUAACCCGAUGACUGUUGUUUGAAAACAGUAUGCAUCUGUGAGUGCAGAGAACAGUUUCUGAUGUGUUUCUCAAUGUUAUAUCUAUGUACAAGCAAUGGUCUGUGCAAUUCUGCCAACUGGUCAGUCAUCUGGAGUAACUAAGACCUAAUCAUUUCUUCAGUGCGGAAUCCAUUGUAGGUCAUCCUCAGUUGUCAGCCGUACGUUUCAGUCUGGGUUUACGGAUGUCCUCAAAUGGGUUCCGUACUGCAGUGUUAGGUCCAGUGCUGCGACUGUUAAUGAAAUGGUCCUAAAUUAACAGCAGAAAGCUCAUAAUAAUGCCAGUUCCUGGAACAAUACAGAUUGAGAGACAUUGUGAGACAUACAGAGAACCCAAGGACAGGUCCCAGACAACUAUUUCAGGGAUGUGAGUCACGGCAUCAAUAUUUCAAAAGUCUGACCUGACUUGACUACAGGAUUAUGAAUAAGGAGCCACUUCCAUAAUUCAUACCAUCUCAUUCUCUGGAUUUCACCUCAAAUACUUUUUAUUAGAGACACUCCUUCUGACAUGAUUCACCAUUCAUUUACUGUACUUGCAGUAAUGUUUUACUUCUGUUUUCGACUCUGUUACUUUUCUAUUGUUAUAGAAAAGUUCCCUUGAAGAAACCGGAGACAAUUAUCCUAAAUGGACCCCUACGUGCCAAUGUGCUAUAAAACAAAUAGAAAGGAAGCUGUUUUUUGGUGUUGUGAGAUUAUUUUGUGAAAAGGGGUAUGUUACUAUUAGCUAGACCAAGUGUCAUGCCAAAUAGUGUCUUGUAGAAAAUGCUGCAAUCGAUUGUUGCACUUGUGAAAACGAACUGCCUCUGAAUCGUUGCAUUUUCAGUAGCAAACCAUUUUUAGCAGCACACUUGCAUGAAAUUGUGCAAGAUCUAUUUCUAUAUAUCUAUAUCGGUAUACUUAUUGUAUUGUAUUUGUGCACCUUCAGGUCUCGUCUUGAGGUGCAAUGGGCCAAUAAGUGCAAUAUUUUAAAAGCCUGUUUCUCUGUGAAUAGCCAUCAGUCUGUGCCAUGCAUAACUGUUAGGAUUGAAUUCCUUUUUACGAGUGGUGUGUGAGUAGGGGUUCAAUGGGCCAGGGGCGUAGUGGAAAGUCUCCUACUUUUGUAGCAGAAAACUUAAGACGAGUCCUAAUAGUGGAACAAGAGAAAGCAAGUUCCGAUGUCUUCCCAACUGAACCCCAGUGGGCAUGAUUGUGACGUGUGAUAAUGAGAAAAUGCAGCCUGUCAGAAAGCCAAGUCAUUUUCUCACAAUGUCAACACUGUUAUCUAAAGACGGGAAACCUCUCUAGAUGGUUCCGCUGCCAAGACAGUUGUUAACAAAGUGGUAGAGAGAAUGCUGUACGUGUGAAUGAGAGAGAAUUCUAUGUGUGACUGGCUGACUCCCCUUGUACAUUCAUCCACUUCCUUGAUGAAAUAUAUACUAUUUGUUGUUUUAUAGACUUGCGCAUGUGUACAGCUUUAUAUUGUGUUUUCUGGUGCAGUAACAACAGCCCUCUUAGUAUGCGGGUCCCAAGAUAUUGAAGUGUUGUCUGUUCAGCUUCUAUGAAACAUCGAAACAGAGAUGAAGCCUUACUACGGUAUAUGCAGUAUGGACAGAAACAAGACAAACUGGUUAAUAACAGAUCACUUUAGCCUUUGUUAUCGAAUAAGUCAUAAAUGGCAUCGUCAUUCCAUUCAUAACACACACAAAAAGAGAAACAGCGUACUUCUCUGUAUACCAGUGGCUCUAAUGAUAACACACUAAUGAUCAAAUGUUGACCCCUUUGACCCCUCUUAGGUUAAUUGGCACUCUACUAUGUACAGUACGGUGUCCUUGACAGCAGGGCACUUUCCCUUCACCUUUUUGAAACAAUUGUUUGUAGUGCGCUGCUCCUCGGUCUGGCAUUUUCUGCUUUGUGAACAUGGAGAAGCCAGUUCAGAGAUCCUAUCCUGCCCUAUUCUGCCGUCGCAUCUGUUCAAGCGUAACGCCAGCUGCUCACCUCACCAAUAUUCUCUGGGACCUUUCCUCCAUGUAGCCUAACACAAUUAGAAUUCAAGCAGAGAACAAACCCUCAAAAGCCUCUCACAAAUUCACCAUACAACUGCUAAAUGUCGUUUUCUCUUGCUGUUCUUUCACACAUUCUCAACAUGUCUGUACUGUAGCUGGGAGUGUUUGAAUCGGACUCUUGGGCUGUAGAGACACACUGGUAGUAAUAAAAACGUGUCAAUGGCGUGUCUGGUAAAAAAAAAAAAAGUCAAGUGGUUUCUUUGAAUUCUUGAUUUGUAUAAUAGCUAUCCUAUAACAGGAAAUGUUUGCUGUAUCUCUUUUGAGUCUUCAGAUGGACCUAAACUGAUAAUACAUCAUUGUACCAUUAUAGUAACCUACAGUAUUCUAUUUUCCUUGUAUUAACUACAUGAGCUGGAUAUUUACUUUUAUGUGUAUGUGACAUGAUGUAUUACACAGGUGUUUUCAAGAUGACAAUAAAAAUAUACCAAUUGUA